AUUAUUGUAGUUCUUAGUUAUAAAUCAGUUAAACGUUCUGUACUUACGUUACUAAAGGAAGCAUUUUAAUUAUUAUAAAUUCUUAUCAACACAAAAAUACAGUAUGAAGCUCAUGAAAUUCAUCAUAUUAUUCAGUGCCUUAUUAAUAACGACAUGUAGCACAGUUUCAAAAAAUGAUGAUAUAGGAUUGUUGAUCCAACGUUUACCUAAUGAUACGGUACCUUAUCAUUAUACGAUGAAAAUAUUACCUAACAUUGUCCCUGGUAAUUUUACGUUUGACGCUGAAUCAGAGAUACUUUUUGGAGUCUUAAAGUCAACCAGAAAUUUGACAGUAAGCGCUCUCAGUUUGACAUUUCGCACGGAAAGCACAACCGUUUUCUCAAAUGGAGAAAAAUUUGUACCGAGUCGGCAUGUUGUCGAUGAAGUACGUCAAUUCUUGAUUUUAAGUUUUGAAAAUGAGUUGCAGCCCGGAAAUUAUACACUUCAUCUGGAAUACUAUGGACGAAUUUCCAUUCAAACAUUAAAUUCAUUCUAUAUUAGCUAUUAUAAAAAUGAUAGUGGGGAUACAACAUUUCUAGCCACAACGCAUUUUGAAGCAACUAGGGCUAGACAGGCUUUUCCGUGUUGGGAUGAACCAGCAUUAAAAGCAACUUUUGAUAUUUCGAUCAAACAUUUUCCGAAUUACACUGCUUUAUCCAAUAUGCCAAUAGAAAAAAUAAUAAAUGACACAGAAAUUGAUGGAAAGUUAUGGACCAAUUUUAAAUCUACUCGCAAAAUGUCGACAUACCUAAUUUGCUUCGUGAUUUCUGAUUUCAAAAAUAUUUCAAAUAAUUACGGCAAUUUCUCUGUAUGGUCAAGAAAAAAUGCUCUAAAUUCUGUAAGAUAUAUGUUUGAUGUUGGUACGAAAGUUUUGCGUAGCUUGGAAGAAUAUACAAACAUAUCAUAUGCGUUUCCAAAAUUGGACAAUAUUGUAAUUCCCCAUAGUCCCAGUAGUGCUACUGAAAAUUGGGGGCUCAUAACCUACAGAGAGUCUGGAGUUUUAUUAAAUGAUAAAUCACCAACAUCGAAAAAUUUAUCUACAGCUCUGCUAGUAGCUCAUGAAUAUUCUCAUCAAUGGUUUGGAAAUUUAGUCGGCCCUGCUUGGUGGAAAGACUUGUGGUUAAAUGAAGGAUUUGCUAGAUAUAUGCAGUAUAUUAUAAUGGAUAAGAUAAUGUGCAAUGAAAGGAUUAUGGAACUUGGAGCGAUUAAAAUUACUGAUACUGCAUUUGAAGUAGAUUCUAUAGAUGACACCUUACCUGUUUCGCCAAAGGUUGAAGACAGUAUGUCAUUACACAAGGUUUUUUUUCGCAUUACUUAUGAAAAAGGUGCAACUUUGCUUCAUAUGUUAAGUAACUUUCUUUCAGAAGAAAUUUUUCAUAAGGGUAUUAUAAAGUAUCUGCAAGCAAAUAAGUUUAAAUCUGCAACUGCUGACGACCUUUGGAAAUCUAUGCAAGAAGCUCUCAAUGAAUCGAAAGUAUCGCACAGCUUUAUUGAUAUAAAGAAGGUUAUGGAUCCUUACAUAUAUCGAAAAGGUUAUCCAAUUAUAAAUGUCACUAGAAAUUAUACGACAGGAAUGACAACAUUAACACAAAAGUGCUUUGUCUGCUUAAAAAUGAAUAAUAUUGCGAAUGCUGAUGAAAUCAAAUGGUGGGUUCCCAUCAACUUCGCGACAAAUAGAACGCUAAACUUUUCCUCCACUUUAGCUACGCAUUGGAUGAACCCAGAAGCAGGAAGCUUACAUAUAGAAGGAAUCGACGUAAACGAUUGGAUAAUCAUAAAUUUAAAACAAAGCGCUUACUAUCGAGUACAGUAUGACAGAACUAACUGGAAGAAAAUCGUGAACUAUUUAAAAACAGAAAAUUACUCAAAAGUCCACGCACUUAAUCGAGCAAAGUUACUUGCUGAUGCAUUCGAUUCAUACAAAUCUGACGAAUUAGAUUUAGGUAUACUUCUUGAACUGCUCUCCUAUUUGGUUCAAGAAGUUGAUUAUGUACCGUGGAUGCCAGCCAUUCAUAUAUUGCAUUAUUUAUCAGCGUUUUUCGAGGGAACUUCAAUAUAUCCAGAAUUCCAGCGCUUUGGAUUACAUUUAAUAAGUGCAUUCAUCACUGAUGUUGGUUUCGAUAAACGCAAUAAUGAAACAUUGUUUACAAGCCUGGCACGGGAUGAUGCAUUCUUUUUGAGUUCCAAAUUUGGCCAUGAUCUAUAUUUAAAGAAAGCCAAAGAUUAUAUUUCAGAAUUCAUAAGUCAUCAGUAUACUGACAAUAAGACCAUGCAUCUUAGGACCACGUAUGAUUAUCAAGAUUGGAUAUUAUGCAAAGGAUUAGAAGAUACCAAUGAAACCAUUUGGAAUAAAGUAUUUGCCAUUUACAAUAAAACGAAAGACUCAAUAUUUAUUAAUGCUCUUAGCUGUGUAAAAAAAGAAAAUAUUUUACAAAGUUUCCUGGAAAUUACCACAAGCAACGAUACACAUUUUUCAAAAUACGAUAGCCAGGCAAUAUUUCAAAGUGUUUUGGAAAAAAAUUUUGGCCUUGCAUGGAGAUUUUUUAUCGAAAAUUUCAAUCAACUAAAACGUGUCUUUGAUUGUGCAGAAAACAUGAUUCAUAUUAUAAAUAGAAUUGUCAGAGGCACUCGGACGACCACACAAAUGAAUGAGGUGAAAGAAUUUCUGAAAAAAAAUCCAGAUUUUGUGGAAAAUAAGAGUGAAACUCAAAUUAGUGAACGCGAGAAUUUUUUAACGAUACUACACGACAGAACGUUAAUAGCCCGAGCAUUUUUCAAAGAAAAUCUACAAUGAAAUUUAAUCAUCAUGUGUGUCCUGGUAAUCAUUAGUGUACUGUGACCCAAACCAAAGAUCAAUGACAUUUUUGUUAACAUAGUAUCGUAGGUGGUUAUCAGAACUGUUGAGGAGAAGCAGCGGCGAGCAUUAAAUAUAUCAACCAAGAGAAAGAAAAGUAUAAUAGAUGAUGUAAUAGGAAAAUAUGGCACACCUAGAUCACUAUCUUAGCUAUUCUUUAUUUAUAGGGAAAACUGAGUCUAUAUCUGUCAAAAUUCUUAAUCAUUAAGUCUUCCAAAAAAUCCACAUGCGUUAACUUAACCUACCUGUUCGUUAAAUAAAUAUAAAAUAGUUUGGAAUUGUCUAAAUUUGUAUGAAAACUGGGGAAUUAGAUCCUGAAGAAAAAUAUAUUACAUUCUCAUCAAAAUGAAAAGCUUAGUCUUAUAUGAACAUUGACUAUCGCUAAUUUCUUUAAAUCUCCACGUUUCAACACCCCUGAAUGCGAAAAAACAAUUUUACGACAGCAUGUGUCUGUCUGUCGGUCGUCGUCUUUGUUGUUGUUGUUGUCGUUAGCACCGUCUGUAUAACAAAUAACGUUUGAAACACUGAUCCUUCUUGCUCAUUGCGAGACUUAAAUGUUAAGACAAAAGAGCAAGCGAGAAACUCAGCUAUGCAAAACUGCCACUUGUUUUCCAUAUCUGAGUGUCUCGCUUGCUCUUAUGUGUUUACAUUUAGGUCUCGCAACGAGCAAAAAAGACAGCCAAUGGUCCGCCUGCUUUGAGUAAAAACCACAACGGAGUGCAGGAAAUGCGGAAAAGCUAGGCUCUAGCAUCAAACCUUUGAGCCCAUGUUACAGAAUCUAAAGAAACCUAAACGCGAUCAGUGAUUGAUAUACUAGGAUUUAUAGAGAGGUCUGGGGUCAGCUAAUGAGAGCUAGUUGUUAGGGACGUGGCACAAUACAAUUUAUAGCUUGAGCGCCAGGGGAACUUUUCAGGGGCAUCUUGCCUGCUCUUAAAUUACCUAAUAAUAGUCUGUUUUUGAAGUCAUUAUGAAAAUGUAUUUAUUGAUUAAAAUGAAUUACAUUUGUGAAUAACAAAAAUGAUCUUGAUAUCGAAAUUAGGACCCAGUGAGUUAAGCAUAAUUUACAUUAAUGUUGUUAUAAUUUUUAAAUUAUUCGCCAAAGAACAGGAUCUGCAGAUUGCUUUUGGAAAUGAGAAGCCAAUAUGUAAAUAAGCAAAAACAAAUUCAAACAAAUUUUGAAGUCAUUUAAAUAAGCAGACUCGCAUGUAAUGGCAGCCAGGAAAUCCUUGCUGCAUCCCAUUUAUUUGGUACAUGAUAA